CCUUCUCCUGUAUUAGUUAGUAGGAGGGAAAGCUUUCCAUCCACAGCUAGCUCAGGUGAGCCCCUGCUUUUAGGAUUGCUCUCCUGGAGAGCUGCAUAGGGAAUUAUGCCAAAGCUCAACAGAUUUUCUUGUGCUACCGUUUUACAGACUAUGCUCCCCUGGGAGUUUCCUGAGCAGCCCAGAGAGUAAUCAGUAAAUCCCAGGCAUUAGUCUGAUUUUUCCCUGUGCUUAUUUUCUAUUUCUGCCUUUCCUUUGUCCUGCAGUGAAGAAUUAUUUGGAUGACUGAGCUGCCGAGAGACUCCUGGCUUGCAGGAACUGAUCCCAAAUCCCAAGUGAGGUAGCGGCAUUGUCUGAGGCUUCUAGUGCAAAUGAGCUACCUUCAGGAGGCAGAUGGUAUUGUCCCAGUUUAUAAGUGGGGAAACUGAGGCAUGGUGAAUGGAUAACAUCUGUGAAUCCUCACUCUGUCCUUUCUUACAACCCCUAAUUCCCUAGACUAGCUGGAAGAGCAGAAAUAGAGAGAUUCUGAAGGAAAAGUAUUUUGUUCAUUCAGCAGUCUGUUUCUCCUUCCUUACUUCUUUUUAUUUUUUUGUGAUUAUUUUCUGUCCCUUGUGCCCUCAGCUCAGCAAAGCUGAUGGUGCAGUUCUAGGGCAUGUGGUUUAUUAGCAAAUUAUUGCUCUCCAGCAGGGGACCCAAACUUUGGUUUUGAUUUAAGAGCAGUAACACCAGUUGAAACUUUUAAAGUAUUAUGUGGACUCUGAAGAUUUUUAUUCAGCAGAAAGUAAAAGCGUUGACAGAGUUGGGUGGAGUAUCCUCUUGCUGAGUCUCAUGAAAUGAGGGAAGUAUGGGCAGAGAAUGUCCUAGUGAGAGCAACUGCAGACUGCCCAGGAGGAGCAGUUCUGGAGGAGAGGAGUGCAGUGGCAUGGAUUAAUUUAGUGGUGGGGUUGGCAGCUGACUAAAGCUCUCAUUAAAUUGUUAUUAUUUAACAUUAUUUUUAAAUGUAUUUCCCAGGAAGGCAUGGUGCAUUGUAAUAAGUUUACUGGCUAAGGAGUAGCCAAAUAACACAUACUGGAGCAUCCCUUGCUGUGUGUGCAUGUGAGGGUUUCCAAUAUCUAAGGGAGCAGAGACAGUCAUUUUUAAAUGGUAGGAGCUGGUGAAGGUGAUGGUAGUUCUUAAACUGGACUGGAUGGACACCCCACCUCUACUCUGCUGCACUCUGCCAUUAAAUUAACUUGCUGAUAACUGUGGUCAGAGUUGACCUGGACAAAGCCCUUACUUGGCCCUGAAGCAUCAUGCUGACUGACCUGUAGUGGAUGACAUACUGAUGAGCAGCUGGAAUUAACAUUCCUAACUGGCACAGCUGGAAAUGGAGGAGAACAGUUAUCUUUGCCCUGACCAAAUGCAUUUUCAGCUAACAUGAUUCAAAAAUAUCCAUUUCCCCAUCCAGGCAAACCCAAGCAUUGCCAAACACAGCAGUGCCGUUCCAUGUGCUCUGGAUCAGGUGAUGUGCUUUGGUGCUCCCCUUGGGCUCAGGGGAAGCUGUGCAGGUGCCUCUGGGGAGCUUGGCAUCUCAACGGCCCUAGCAGAGUUGCCUAAUAACACAGGACUUCGAAAUUGCUAUCUGAUCGAUGGACUGGAGGAGAAGCUGGCACGCUGCAGACAGAGCAUGGAAGAGGUGGAUCUUAAGCUGCGCAGGGAGAAGCUCAGCCCUGAAGGAAGAAAGUCACUGGAGAGAGAGAGAAACUUACUAAUGACCAAAGCUGACAACUAUGAGAAAGAACUGAGUGCGCUUCGCAAGGAAAAUCGCAAGAAUGCUGCCCUUGCUGUGGCCAUGGCGUUGCUGAUUGCUCUUAUUUACGCCUGCUGGACGAUGUGAUUGCAGUCAAGAAUUCUCCCUGCUGACCAAAUGACUCCCCUGCAAGAAGUGCUUCCUCCUCUCACCACUGUGCCUCCAAGAGUGAGGAUCAGCAUUUCAAAAUGUUGUUCUUGUUUACUGUCUCCAAGCCUCAUUGUAGGGAAGAUUUUUCUCUGCAAAUUGAGGGGGACAGGAGACAAACCAGAAAUCACAGCACACUUGCACUUGAAAAUCAGGUCAAACAGAGCUCAAGGUGGUGCCAUCUUACCCAAAACACAGUCAAGAUCACCCAGCCUGAUGCAGGAAGACAGUUUGUUCUCCUUUAGAAGAGGACCCCUGUGGUUGCAGACAUGCCACUUUCUUGGCUCCUGUCACUCAGCCAUAAGAUGAAGGGACACCAACCUCAACUGAAGAGUAAUCUUGAGGAAUUGUGACCUUAAGAUUUUAUGUGUUUACAGAGCUGCACUAAAGAUGUUUCCUCCUCCACCCUGACUUACAGGACCAAAGGAACCCUACCUCCACAAAACCAUAGGUACAUAGGUAUCUCUUUUUCUGCAAGCAAGUAGCAUACAACUUCAGAUCUGGGUGCUUGGGCUUUGAGAAGAUCUGCCUGCCUCUCCAAUGCAUCAGAGCUUGGUAGCCAUUUUGUGCCUUUGAGAAUCAGCACUUGCAGAAGAGAAUUUACUAGUAACUGCCAGAAAUGGAAGUGCUUCUGUAGGGUUUUAAAUAAAAUAAUCCAACCUUGUAA